GAACAUGUUUUAGAUUUUAUAAAAAAAAAGAAUUAAUGUUUAAAUUCUUUGAAAGAUCUGGAAAGCUUGGUUUUAAAAAAACUAUUCGAGCAAUUCAUGAUAAGACAAUGUGGAUAACUUUAAGUGAAAGAUCAUUUUUAAAAGUAGACGAAGAAAGAUUUCAUAAGAGUUUAAGAUUUAUCUAUUUACCAGAUCAAAAAAAUCAAUAUAGAUUAGGUAAAGUAAAUAAAGGUUUAUGGAAUAUAUAUCAACAAAAAGUAAUAUCUAAUCCACGAUACUAUAAUGGAUAUGUGAACAAUAUGUUAAACAUAUUUAAUCCGUUACGAAUAAAAUUUAUAAGGAUUGAAGGAGUUGGAAAAAAAAAAGUAGUAGUGUUUGAUGGAAAAUAUGAAAGAUGUAAGGAAUGUAGACGAUGUCGAUUUUAUUGUGAUAUAUCACGAGAAUGUCAAUUCUGUAAGAUAAACAAAAUCACGUGUGUGAAGUCAGAGUUUAUACGAAAGAGGAUAUUUUAUGAUAAAACUCUUGGAACUCGAUAUUGUUUACCUAUAAAUGAAUAUAUUUUCGGAAAUAAUAGGAUAAACUUAGCACAUAUAACAGAUAUAGAUAAUAUAGGAAAACGAGUUUGUGACAAGUGUAGAGAAUUAAAAUUCUGCAAUGCAAAUUCGAUGAUAAACAAUAAUUGCUGCGGGAUCACUACAUGUCAGAUGAACAAUGUGAGAAAUCCAAUGUUCACAUUCAACAAUAUCGGAAU